UACUUGAAUCUGUCAUACUCCUCACCAAGGCCCUGCCGUAGCCGGAAGUAGCCGUGGUAUCUGACGAGCUGUGUGGUGACUCCGGGACUUUCCGUGGCUGUCGUGUUUGAACGGUGCUGCCAACAUUGAUGUAGUAAAGAGGGACCUCCCCCGUCCUUUUCAAGAGAGUUUUUGUCCUCCAGGGGAUAUACUUUUUCACAGUAAUUUAGUCAUCAUCAGACAUGGAAGCCUAAAAACUCCCAAAAGGGAUGUCCGAGGGGGGGAGGGGUUUGAGACUACAUAUCCCUUUGACUGUGUGUGUGGUUGAGUCACGCUUUUUUUUUUUUUUUUUUUUUUUUUUUUUUAAGUUAUGUUUAGAUACAUCACAUGUUUGUCAUGUUUGAGUGGUUAGAUUGUAUGGAACAAUUUCGUGUGGGAAGUAUGCGGAAAAAUCAAGUGUACACUGAUCCGGGAUGACCACAGCAUAAUAAUGUGAUUUUGGUUUGAACAUCCAUCACAAUUUCACAAGUUAAUGUAUUCCAUCUUUGUCGCUGAGCAGGCUGGAUUUUGUUGGUGCAUUGAAUCCACUUAGGUGCUCUGUUCUGUAACACUAAAGAAGAAUAUUGAACUUUCAGCAAUGGAAAAUGGCUCGAGAUAGCUAACUCGGCCAGUUAACAUGGCUGAUAUGUAAGGUGUUGUGUAUGUACAGGGAAAGGUGUGUUUGGGUGCCUCAUGCAGUUGGUGUCUCAUGAUGGCUGAAAUGGUGCUUCCACUUUCAUUUCUUCUGUAAAGCCCACGCAGCAUGUUGAAAACUCCGAGUUUCUUUUACCAUUCACCAUUCAGAAUGUGUGUGUGAGUGUGUGUGUGUGUGUGUGAGAGAGAGAGAGAUCCUGGGUAUUCUCAAACCUCUCUCCCUUUGAAGGGCAGCCCUUUUCCCUUAUAUUGCUACAUUUUACCCAGAAAUGGAAACUCUUGUUCAGCUCAAAAACAACCAGUUUUUGAUGGGGCUUUGUCGCAAUGGGCCUCCACCUAACCUGCAGUAUGAUAACUCCUCAGAGCUCUUCCGCAUCUCUACCUUCGCCCGGUUCCCAGCCUCAGGAGUCACUGAGCGAAGCCUGGCUCGGGCCGGCUGGUUCUACACAGGAGUGGGCGACAGGGUCCAGUGUUUCAGAUGUAAUGUGACGGCAGAGGGCUGGCAGGCUGGAGAUUGUCCGACAGAGAAACACAGACAGCUCUCUCCCUCCUGCUCCUUCAUCCAAAGCCUCCCGUCUACAGCCAACUUGCUCUCGUCCUCUCACUCGGCUUUCUCUCCACUCCGCAGCGCCCCAGUAAUACCGCUCUCUGGUCCAGGCCCAGCUCCAGUCCCGGGUCCCAAUCCACCAACAGUGAGCCAAGGAGAGGAGCCAGUGGGUUAUCUGAAUAUGGGCUUCUCCGCUCCGCCACCGUCCAGCCCGCUGAGCUCCCGUGGCGUUGAGGACAUGUCUCACCAGAGACCACCGACGUGCCACAACCCCAGCAUGCGCAGAGAGCAGGACCGCCUGGACUCUUUCCACUCCUGGACGCUGUCUAUCAUCACCCCUGCUGAGCUCGCCAAGGCCGGCUUCUACUACCUGGGCCAGGGAGACAGAGUGGCCUGCUUCAGCUGUGGAGGACAGGUGUGUUUUACAGGGUGUCUGCAGUUGAGUAACUGGGAGCCGGGUGACAGAGCCGUGUCCGAACACCAGAGGCACUAUCCAAACUGCCGUUUUGUCCGUGGGGAUAGAGCUGACAACGUGUCCCUGGCUGGAGGUGCCGGGUCGGUGCCGGGUGCGGCUGCUGCCGGGGCCUCAGCAGCCCUCAGUAAUGUGUCCAACCCAGCCAUGCAGCAAAGCGAAGAGAGGCUCCUCACAUUUGUCAACUGGCCCUCUCGUAUCCCCGUCCGGCCAGACCAGCUGGCUAAAGCCGGCUUCUACUAUGUAGGUCGUAACGAUGAUGUCAAGUGUUUCUGCUGUGACGGCGGCCUGCGAUGCUGGGAGUCUGGAGAUGAUCCUUGGGUGGAACAUGCUAAAUGGUUUCCGAGGUGUGAAUAUUUACUCCAGGAGAAGGGUCAGGAGUUUGUUCACCAGAUCCAGGCUCGCUUUCCUCGACUGUUUGAGCAGCUUUUAACAAAUGGAGACAGCAGCUCCAGGGAGUUCGUGGAUCCUCCAGUCGUCCACCUGGGUCCAGGAGAGGAGCGCUCCGAAGAUGCCGUCAUGAUGAACACUCCUGUGAUUAAGUCUGCGUUGGAAAUGGGUUUUGAGCGCAGCCUGGUCAAGCAGACAGUCCAGAGCAAGAUCCUGACCAGUGGAGAGAAUUAUAAAACAGUCCAGGAGCUGGUAUCUGACCUGCUGAGCGCCGAGGACCAGAAAAGAGAGGAGGAGCGUGAAAUGCUGGCGGAGGCCAUGGCAUCUGAUGGUUUUACCUUCCUCAAGAGACACCAGGCAGCUCUGAUCCAGCGUCUGAAGAGCGUUGAGUCAGUGUUGGAGCACCUGAGAGAGCAAAAUGUGAUAACUGCAGAGGAGUACACGGGGCUCCAGGCUCAGGCCUCAGCCCAGCAGCAGACGGCCAGGCUGAUCGAGCUCGUCCUCACCAAGGGCAACGCCGCCGCUGAGGUCUUCCGCAACUGGAUCCAGAAGAACGAUGUUCUCCUGCUCAGAGAUCUUAUGUCCCAGACAAAUGAAGCUGCAUCACCAAGCCAAGAUCUCUCAGAUCUGCCCAUGGAGGAGCAGCUGCGGCGGCUGCAGGAGGAGCGGACCUGUAAGGUGUGUAUGGACAAGGAGGUCAACAUUGUCUUCAUCCCGUGCGGACACCUGGUGGUGUGUAAGGAGUGCGCCCCAUCACUGCGAAAGUGUCCCAUCUGCAGAGGCCUGGUAAAGGGCACAGUCCGAACCUUCCUGUCAUAGAUAUUAGGCCAUGUUGCCCCAGUCUGAUAGUAGUGAAUGUAAGCAAUACAAUACUGAACAGAAUGAGGAGUGAAAUUGUGCAGUUUUUUUUCUUAUAUAUUGUGUGGAUUGUCUGUUGAUUCUUUGAAAUAUUCACGCUGUUGCUGAGGUGCAUCAUCUUGUCUGCAGAACCGUACAAAGUGCAUGGAAAAUUAUCUUUUAACCUGCAUUGUAGCCACUGCAAAAUUGUAAUUUGCCUUUUACAACAUUAUGACAAGUAGAUAGACUCACUGUCACGUACUGUAGUCUUUUAUCAAGACUCAAAAAUAGAAUAGAUUAAUCAACAGUUAAUCUUUUCUUAAGCUCUCUCCAGGCAAGCCUGGCCACAGGACACUGCUAUCAGUUUAACAUCACUCCACAUAGAGUGAUAAUUUGAAGAGUGAGUGAGCCUGAGGAGGCUGUGAGGUGUCAUGAGGGGUGGAAGGUACACAUCAGCUCAUGUGGUGUAAAAUUUAAUCAUUGCAAUGAAAGCUAUUAAUUCUAGCAGCAAUAUUUAUAAACCUGUUGUUAGCAUCUGUUAGAUUGCCACUAAUGUUCAAUGAUGUGCCACUUAUUUAUCACUGAAUAAAACAAGAUUCAUGAAUCAAAGUA